GCGACAAGACAAAAACACAUCGCUGCCAUUAUAAUCAACGAAUCUGUCUCCUCCAGCGCUGUGCGCGCUUGCAUAGUAGAUGUGUUGUGAGGAAACACGCUGCUCCGCGCGCUCGCUGACGUCACCCCGGCGAGCGCUCGCAUAGAUGAGAGCGCGAGAGUACAGUGACAGGCAGCGCCUCGUCCACUGUACGCAGCACUGAGUGCGGCUCAGCACUAUCUCAGGCUACACGCGAGACACGGCAGCAGAUCACGGAAUGUGACUAGACAACAUUCCGCUUUAUUUGAGGCCGGUCGUCAGCCCUGCACUCACGGGGUGCAGUACUUUAAGACCAGCGCUCCCAUUAUUACCAAGUGAUCACUGCCCUCCUGUGAUCCGGGAAUCACAUUAGGAGCUUUACUAAUUUUGUUAAUUAUUCUAGAGUUUCUGUCCCACUCUAACGGUUCGACUCUGACUUCAAGCUGAGGCUUAAUAACUGGAUUGUAUCGGUGGAUCAAUAGGCGGCUAUCUUGAUAUUACAUUUUCCUCUUGGAUUAUUGUUUCAGCAUCAUGAGCACGAGUGUACCCUAUCAGCAAAGCUCAUGCAGCAGUGAACGGAGCUCUGGACCAAUCCACUGCUUUCGCUGCCGGGAGGUGUGUAAAGGAGAGGUGGUACGAGUUCAGCAUGUCCACUUUCACAUCAAAUGCUUCACCUGCCAAGUGUGUGGCUGUGAUUUGGCACAGUCCGGAUUCUUCCAGAAGAGUGGCGAGUACAUCUGCACAGCAGACUACCAGUGCCUGUAUGGCACAAAGUGUGACAGCUGUGGGGACUUUAUCUCAGGGGAGGUGGUCUCUGCCCUGGGCCGCACAUAUCACCCAAAGUGUUUUGUGUGCAGCGUGUGCAGGAAACCUUUUCCAAUUGGGGACAGAGUAACGUUCAGUGGUAAAGAAUGUGUCUGUCAGCAGUGUUCCCUCAAGCUGGUUAAUUCCAAUGAGCCAAUCAAAAUCCACGGGCCCAGUCACUGUGCAGGUUGUAAGGAGGAGAUCAAACAGGGUCAAUCUCUGCUGGCGCUAGAGAAACAGUGGCACGUCAGCUGCUUCAGGUGUCAGACCUGUGGCCUGGUCUUGACGGGAGAGUACAUCAGCAAAGACGGCAUUCCUUACUGUGAGUCAGACUACCAUGCCCAGUUUGGGAUAAAGUGUGAAACGUGCGACAGAUACAUCAGUGGACGUGUGCUGGAGGCUGGAGGGAAGCACUACCACCCCACUUGUGCUCGCUGUGCCCGGUGUCAGAUGAUGUUUACAGAAGGAGAAGAGAUGUAUCUCACAGGUUCAGAGGUGUGGCAUCCUGUGUGCAAACAAGCAUCUCGAGCAGAGAGGAAACUGAGACUCAGGCGCACAUCCGAAACCUCCAUCUCUCCGCCAGGCUCCAGCAUUAGUUCACCCAGCAGAGUCAUCUGUGCAAAAAUGGAGAACGAGAUCCUUGAUUACAAAGACUUGGCAGCGCUGCCUAAGGUUAAAGCCAUUUAUGAAGUGCAGAGGCCAGACUUCUGGUCCUAUGAGCCCAGUCACAGAUACUGCUCCGAUGACAGGCUAGAGCGUCUCAGCUAUGGGGAGUCCUUGGGCACGCUCUCCCCUUAUUCUCAGGACAUGUAUGACAGUAUGGACAUAAGGAUGAGAAGAUCCUCCAGUCCGGGGUACAUAGACUCCCCCACCUACAGCAGACAGGGCAUGUCUCCCAUCAUGCCCCGCUCUCCACAGCACUACUACAGAUAUGGCACUGAGAGUGGCAGAAGUUCACCCUAUUACAAUCAGCUAGACGCCCGGUCCAGCACGCCCACCACAAACCAAGCUCCCAAGCAUUUCCAUGUGCCAGCCACAGGGGAGCCCAAUAUCUACAGGAAGCCUCCCAUCUAUAAGAGACAUGACAAUCACUGCAAUCCAGCAACUAAAAGCAAGACCAGUGAGGACAUUGUCCAAUCUUCCAAGUUCCUAUCAGCCUACUCACCUGAACACUACCAGCACUCAGAGUCUGAUUACUACCACUACACCAGCUCUCCUAAAUCUUUACGUGCUCCUAGGAGAAGGUACUCAUCAGGUGGAGAAGAGGAUGGCUGGGGUCACGGCCUUCAAAGAAUUCAGGGUGGUAUCGGUAGGUUGAUCCUGAAGGAGGAGAUGAAAGCCCGCUCCGGUUCCUAUGACAACGACCCCUGGGGCAGCGCGCGGAACUCUCGCAGUGGGAGCAGGGAGAUGUUGCACAGCAUGGGCCACAACAACACAGUUAACGGCUCUCCUCGGACAAACUUUGCAGCGGAAAAUGACUACAUAUCCAAGUCAGCCUCCUUGCCCGGAUAUGGCCGGAAUGGAUUGCAACGGCCUCAAAGUGCAGACUACUAUCAGUAUGACAGUGGCAGUGAAGCCAACUGGGGAAUCAGAGAGUACAAGAUCUACCCAUAUGAAGCACUUAUUGUGACCACUAGGGGGCGUAACAGGUUGCCAAAGGAUGUAGAUCGGUCUAGAUUAGAGCGGCAUCUUUCCCCUGAGGAGUUCUAUGAGGUUUUUGGGAUGACGAUGGUGGAGUUUGACCGUCUGGCACUGUGGAAGAGGAACGAGAUGAAGAAACAAGCCCGGCUGUUCUAGUGUUCUUAUCACACACACACACACACACACACACACACACACAUGGAGAGAGAGAGAGAGAGACCUGAAUACCUGUUCCAGUCUAACUAAACAAACACAUCCUGUGUCUCAGACACAUAGUCAUGCCUAGACUGUACCUAGAAAUUGUGCAACUGUUCAUUGUGACAGAGGCAUAUAAAUGAUCAGACAGACUAUCUGACAAAGGAAGACAUAAAUAAAUAAAAUAAUAUACAGAAUGGUGGGAACAUUUUAGUUUUUACUUGAGUGUAAAGUGAACACAUUUUAUUUUGUUUCUGAAUGACAAAACUAAGGUAUCAGGAAUUGUAAGGAUUUUGAAUUUUGCCUUAUGUUCUUUAUUAAUUUAUGCACCAGCAAAGUGAGUGAACAGAAUGUAAAUACAAUUAAUACAACUUUAAUGGGAGUGGGUGAAUCAUCUUAUGUGAUCCAUCAAGUACAUUAUUAAGUCAUAUUUAAUUUUAAAGGUUAUAAAAUAAUAUUUUUCAAUCCUUUUUUUUCGCUGUUAUUCAAGGACUACAUAAACGUAGAUGGGCUGAAAUAAGCGAUGAUUUUCUUGACAAUGAAUACCAAAGUCUGACUGUUAUUUGUGAAGUUGAGCACUACGGUGCUGUACGAUGUUCAGGUCAUUUCCAAGGAGUAACGAAUGCUGAAUGUACACAUUUCUCACAAGAAGACUUUAGGAUUGUUAGACUAAUACUGAUGAAACAUACAUUGUAUAUUGUGAUGGUAGAAAUACAUAUGGCUUGUGUCUGUUACAGAUGAUGAAGACAAAACAGAUAAGAAUUAAGGUGCAAUGUUAUUUUUUCUUUAUUUUUUUAAAUGUUAUGCUCUUUAAAAAAAAAAAAGA